AAACAGUUCAAACAAACAGCGUGUAUAUCCCGAAAUAUACGUACCUUAUAUCAUGCCCAUUGUAUUGUAUAAUGUAUAGUGAAGACUGAUGCCCAUUCAAAGCUGCAUUUAAUAAAAGUAAUUCACAUUUGUCUCCACUUUAACAGUUUUAGUCACAUUGACCAACCGGAGAAUAAAUCAAAAAUGCGGAUGCAGAUGGGGGCAAAGGAGAGUGAAUGAGAAAUGCAAUGGCUUGCGAGGAAAUGAAGUUUUCACUUUCACGGCUGCUCAUCACUCUGCUCUUAUCACCUUUCAGUAUUUUUAUUGCAGCUUCUUAGCUUUACCUUCUGAUUAAUAAAGAAUUACAGUGUCUUUGGUGGUCCAUACCUGGCACAGAAGCAGAGUAGCUGUUCUGUUGGCUAGGUGAGAGAACUGAAGCUGCUAGACCUUGAUAAUUGAGCAAUAUAAAGUUCUGACACUGGCGUGGAUUCACAAUUUCUUUUACUGGUAUAAAGACCAGGAUGUUGCAAGGACAAAACCUAUUGCCCUUUUGUUCUUUGCUGGAGUCAUGGCGACCUUGCUACAUUCUGACACGAGACGCUUGUACUCUUGGUGGUGGGAUAACCAUAUUCCAAAAAACUCAAAAUGCUUUCAAGAAAAUCUUACUGAAAUGGAUGCUAAAGUAAAGUCAAUGAUCAAGCUCAUUGAAGAAGAUGCCGAUUCAUUUGCAAGAAGGGCUGAAUACAAAAAGAGGCCUGAGCUAAUGAAGCUGGUUGAGGAGUUGUACAGGGCAUACAGGGCACUAGCUGAAAGAUAUGAUCAUGUGACAGGCGAGCUAAGGCAGGCCCAUAAAACCAUGUCAGAGGCAUUUCCUGACCAAGUGCCUUUUCUACUGGCUGAAGAUUCACCCAUGAGAUCUUCCACACAGUAUACAGAGCCACAUACUCCACGAGAGUGGUGCCCGAUUCAUGCAUCCUCUGACACAGAUAACUUGCAGCAGGAUGUGAUGGGUUUAACUCCAUCGAGUAUACAUGCUGCACAGAAGAUUGGGACUUAUACUGGUGAUUCUGAUAAGGGAACAAGUGAGUGGGGUUUAAAGCAGUUACUUGAGAUGCUUGGGGCUGGAGAAGAAAUGUUAAAAAACUCAAAGUUCCUCGAAGGAAAAUUGAGCAAAGGAUUGAACAGAAACACAGAAGAAAAGGAAAAACGUUUCCAUAAUCAAGUACCCGAAUUGUCAGAUGAGAAUGAGAAUCUCAAGGCCAAAAUCCUCGUUCAGUCGGAGCGUGUCAGUGAAGCUGAAGCUGAAGUUCGAAACCUGAAGGAAGCCCUAGCUGGUAUGCAAGCAGAAAAAGAAACUACCUUCAUUCAGUAUCAGCAAUGCCUGGAACAGUUAUCUGCUGCAGAGAGGGAGCUUAUUAGUGCACAGAAGGAUUCCACGAAGUUCAGUGACCGAGCUAGCAGAGCUGAAAAUGAAGUUCAGAAGAUGAAGGAAUCCCUUAUCAAAUUAGAGGUUGAACGAGAUGCUAGUUUGAGCAAACAUAAGGAGUAUCUUGGAAGGAUAUCUAAUUUGGAAGUUAAUGUUAGUCAAGCACUUGAAGGUACAAAAGAACUAAAUAAGCAUGCAAUUAAGGCAGAAACCGAAGCUCAGAAUCUUAGGAAUGAGAUCUCUAAGUUUGAGUUUGAAAAGGAUGCUGUCCAUCAUCAAUAUAAGCUAUGCAUGGUAAAAAUAUCUGACCUUGAGAAAAAUCUCUUGGUGGCUCAGGAAGAAUCCAGAACGCUUAAGGAGAGAGCUGAUGGAGCUGAAGCUGAGAUCAAGAAACUGACAUUUGUUCUGAUGGAGCUAAGUGAGAACAAAGAAGCUGCUGUCCGUGACUAUAAACACUGUUUGGGCAAAAUAUCCAAACUUGAGAAUGAACUAUCUUGUGCCCAAGAGGAUGUAAAACGCCUUAAUGGUGAGCUUUCAAUAGGAGCUGCAAAGCUUAAAAAUGCUGAAGACAAGUGUGUUGUGCUGGUGAUGUCAAAUCAUUCAUUGUGCCGAGAGGCAGAUAAUUUGGCAAUGAAGAUCGCAACGAAAGAUCAAGAACUCUCUAAGAAGCAGAUGGAGUUGGAGAAAAUUCAAGUUGAUAUGCGAAAUGAGCACUUAAGAAAUGCACAAAUUGAAGCCACCCUUCAGGCUCUGCAGAAUUUGCACUGUCAAUCACAAGAAGAGCAGAGAGCUCUGACCGUGGAACUCAAAAAUGGUCUUGAGCUGUUGAAGGAUAUGGAAACAUGCAAAAAUAGUUUGGAAGGUGAACUUAAGCGAUUGAAGGAUGAAAAUAAGAGCCUGAAUGAACUGAAAUUAUCCUCAACCAAUUCGAUAAAGAAUCUGGAAAAUGAAAUCCUUAGCUUGAAGAAGAUGAAGGCGAAACUUGAAGAGGAGGUUGCUCAACAAGUUGGACUAAGUAACAACCUUCAGCAAGAGAUUUCAUGUUUGAAAGAGGAAACCAAGGACCUAAACAGUAGCUAUCAGGCUUUAGUAGAGCAAGUGAAGGCCACAGGUAUAAACCCUGAAUGUAUCAACUCUUCAAUAAAGAGCUUGCAUGAAGAGAACUUCAAGCUCAGGAUAAUCUGUGAGAAGACCAGAAGCGAGAAAGAAGUCCUCCACAAAAAGUUGGAAGACAUGGAUGAACUUUUGAAGAAGACGGCUACUUUACAGAGUUCCCUCUCAGAUGCAAAUGAUGAAUUGCAGGAAUCGCAGGAAAAGGUGAGAGCACUGCAAGAGUCUUGUCAAAUUCUCAAUGGAGAGAAAUCUACUCUUGUCACUGAAAAAGCUGCUUUGCUUUCUCAGUUGCAAAUUGUAAGUGAGAACAUGCAGAAACUCCUAGAGAAAAAUGAUGUUCUCGAGAACUCUUGUUUUGGUGCAAAAGCUGAACUUGAAGGUCUAAGGGAAAAGGCCAAGGGUUUAGAAGAGAUAUGCCAAUUUAUGAUGAAUGAGAAGUCCAAUAUUCUUGCUGAAAGAGGUAACCUAGCUGUUCAGUUGAAAAAAGUUGAAGGGCGACUGGGGACAACAUUUAUGGUUUUCGAAAAAAGGUAUUCUUGCCUAGAGAAGGAGAAACUAGUAAAACAGCUACAAGUUGAAGAACUUAGAGUUUCUGUUGAAAUGGAGAAACAAGAAAGGACCAACAUUACUCAUCAGAGGGAGACCGGAUUAAUUUACAUGGAAAACCAUAUCCAUCACCUGCAGGAAGAGAGUAAGUGGAGGAAGAAAGAAUUUGAAGAAGAAUUUAACAGAGCUUUAAAAUCCCAGUUUGAAAUUUCCAUCCUGCAGAAGUUUUUACAAGAUAUGGAAGAAAAGAAUUAUUCUCUCUUGAUUGAGUGUCAGAAACAUAUUGAGUCAUUGAAAUUGGCUGACAAACUGAUUUUAGAGGUAGAGAAUGAGAGCCUUGAACAGCAGGUUGAAGCAGAGAUUUUGGUAGAUGAAAUCGUAAGGUUGAGAAUGGUGAUAUAUCAAGUUUUCAGGGCCUUUGAAAAUGAUUCUCACCUUUUGUCUGAAGAUAAGGUGGAAAAUGAACAAACUUUCCUGCAUCAUAUCUUGGGCAGUGUUGAGGAUCUGAAAUGUUCCCUCAGAAUGUAUGAGGAUGAUAAGCAGCAGUUGUUGGUCGAAAACUCAGUUCUUUUAACUCUAUUUGCGGAGCUGAAAUCAAAGGGCCUGGAAGUGGAGUCGAUGAAGAAAUCUGUGGAGGAGGAGCUUAAUAUCAUGGAAGAGAAGCUGGUAACAGUGCAGAAAGAGAAUCAUGACCUAGUAGAGAUAAACAAGAAAUUGCAGUCAGAAAUGAGCAGCAGUAGUCAACUAACUGCCAUACUUGAGGUGGAGGUUCGGACUCUCUGUGUCAAGCAUGAUGAGUUGCAGACAGCUUACCUUGAAUUACAAAAGAAAUACUCUCAAGUGCUUCAUGAGAACGAAACAUUGUUGACAAAAUUCUCAGAGAUCAAGGAGGAGAAAGGGGUAGUGGAGCAGGAAAAUGAUAGUUUUCUACUUGAGACACUAACUCUUGGUAAUUUCUCUACGAUUUUGAAGAGUUAUGGUACUGAAAAAACUGAUGAGCUAAAGUCCAUUUAUGAAGACAUGCGCAAACUUUAUUGUGUUAUCCUUGACUUUGAGAAGGAGAUGGAUGUACUUAACGAGAAGCUGGAAAUGAAGGAAACUGAUAACCUACUUCUGAAGAAAUCAGUUCAAAGGUUAGAAAAUGAGCUUUAUGAGGUCAAGGAAUCUAAUGAUCAUUUGAAGCUGGAAAUAUCAACUGGAAAAGAACUUCUUGGCAAGCAGGAAGCCGGGCUUUUGAAAGCAGGAGAGAAGCUUAAAGCAUCUGAAAGUUUGAACUCAGAAUUGUGUAGGGCUCUGGAUGCACUAAAGGCUGACUGUCUAGAAUCCUCGAAGAUGAAUGAAGAUCUAGAAAAGAAGAUAGUUGAAAUAUCGAGAGAGAAUAAAACUCAGAACAAGGAAAAUGAACGCCUUCAAGAACCGAACAUGAAUUUGGUGGGCGAAUUAAAUAAAUUGCAUGAAGAAAUUGAAGAGCAACGAGUCAGAGAAGGCUGCCUAAGUUCGGAGCUCCAGGAAAAAGACUAUGAGUUUGGAUUAUGGGAGGCAGAAGCAGAAACAGUUUAUUUUGAUUUCCAGAUUUCCUCCAUUCGAGAAGUGUUACUGGAAACCAAGAUGGAUGAGUUAACUAAGUUUUGCGGGAGGGUCGAAGGUGAAAAUGCUUCCAAAAGCUCGGAGAUUGAGCAGGUGAAAGGAAAAAUCAAUAAAAUGGAGAGAGAAAUGGGAGAACUGAAGUUGCAAUUACAUGCAUAUGCUCCUGCAAUAGCCUCUUUGAGGGAUGAUGUUGUAUCACUUGAGCAUAAUGCGCUCCUCCACACGAGGCUUAAGCAAGCUGGCUCUCAGGAAUCAAAGUGUGUUGAUGACGUGGUUCAUCCUGAUGAGAGUAGCGACGGAAAGCUGAUAGAAGAUCAACCUGUCAUGACAAAAGACAUUCUAGAUUUGUGGGAGCUGAGGAACAGGAUUAAAGCUGUUGAAAAAGUAGUGGAAGAGGGGAACAAGCCUAUUUUGGAGGUAUCUUCAUACAACAAGUUUGGUCUAGACAGUGCUGGAAGCGAAAUUGAGGCAUUAAAAUCUCGGCGUAGUUUUGAUCUAGAGAAACAUGAACAUGCAGAAAGGAGGAGUCCGAGCAUUGAACAUGGUGAUGUUCCUAAUAGGCAAAAGAUGAAACCCAAAUCCUUUGACGGCCGAAACAGGAUACGAAUGAAAGAUAUACCACUUGAUCAUGUCUCUGAUGGCUCACCACAAAGAGCUAGAAGAAGAGGUUUUUCUGAGGCAGACAGAGCAGUUGAUCAGAUGCUUGAGCUAUGGGAAACCACAGAGGGAUGCAGCCCCAAUCAAAGUGUGAAGGACUUGAAGAAACGGGCAAAUUACCCAACAGAGGGUACUACAGGGUACAAUCAAUUUAAAGAUUUGGAUUGGAGGAGCAAUCAUCCAACCACAGAAGCAGAAAUGGAAAAAGAGUUGGGUGUUGAUAAGUUAGAGUUAUCAAUGAAGUCCUCUGAUGCAAGUCAUGAAACAACCAAGCAGAUUCAGGAGCGACUUGCUUCUGAUGCUGAGAAAUUGAUGAGUCUUCAGAUGACUGUUGAUAACAUGAGAAGGAAAUUGUAUACUAACAGAAAGGCUAGAAAAGCCAAAAAUGUUGAUUUUGAAGCAGCAAAAGAACAGUUACAAGAAAUUGAGCUAACGGUUGUUCAGCUGGUCAAUUUGAACGCCCACUUACUGAAGAAUGUAGAAGAAAGCACACUUCUUACAGGAAGUACUUCAGCGGAAUCAGAAGAGGUCAUGAAUAUCAAGCGCAAAAGAGUUUCAGAGCAGGCGAGAAAGGUUUCUGAGAAGGUUGAACGACUACAAUUGGAGGUUCAAAAACUUCACUACAUGUUACUGAAACUGGAUGAUGAAAAGAAAAGCAUAGCCAGAAGCAGAUUUUCCAGGAGCAACGCAGGUAUUGUAUUGAAGAACUUCAUCCAUAUUGGGAAGAGAAAUAGUGAAAAGGGAAAGAAGGUCCAUCUUUGUGGAUGCUUUGCACCUUCAAGUAGCAGCAGCAAUAGAUACUACAUCUAAUAUGCUUCUAACCUUUUUCAGCUUCUUCAGAGGUUCCUAGUUAUUGAAUUGUUAGGAUCAUUUCUUUUGUAGUCAGUAACCGAAAAACUGAUCCGUGUUCAGUUCUAAAUGAAUUAUAACAGCUAGAUUGGAGCUAAUUCCUAAUUAAGUUUGUGAAGGCUACUAUUUUUGUUGUUCAGAGCCGCUAGUUAUUGGUAAA